AUGUGUGUAAAUAUAAGCGAAAGCAUUAAAUAUGUUGCAAUUAUCAAACAUAAUAAUCAAUGUGCUAUUUUAAAUGAAAGCAACUCUGAUUUUGGGGAACCUUAAUAGAUUCUUAAAAUCAAAGAGGGAUAUUGUUAGAAUUAAAAUGCUGAAAUAGUCAAAGGGAUUCCUGGUAGAUAAUUUAACGAUUAUUUUCUAUGCGUUAAUUUAGCAAAAAGAUAUUCUGAAUAUUAUUUCGAUCAAGACUAUUGUUUGGAAAUAUUAACAAGAAAAAAAUAGAAGUUAUCAAAAGUGUCAGGAAAAACAAUAGAUGGGUUUUGUGUUAACUAAAAUGAAUAUCAUGAAUAAAAAGUUAUUUGCAAAAAAUAAUUUUGUGAGCACAUGAACAAGAAUUAAUAAUAUACAUGUUUUGACUACAAUUUUCAUUCAGUUAUUGGUAUAACAGAGAAAAAUCAGUGCAUUUUUGAUGAAUAAUUCUUUGAAGUAUAAAUUUAAUGCAAACAGUAAUAUUGUAGAUAGAUUUUAGAUAAUCGUGCUAAUUGUAUCAAAAUAUCAAGCACUUAAGAAGUUUUAAAAAAUGGUGAUUGUGUUCAAGGAGAAAAGGAAAAAAGAAACUUAGAAGAUGAUAGAUACAACAAAAAUGACAAUAUUAAUCCUCAAACAUAAUGUACUCAACAAAAUAAAUGCUUUGAUGAUGACCAAAACUAAUGUGUUGCUUUAGGAUCUUCUCCUAAUAGGUUAGCAAAAUUAUAAAAUAAUAAUUGUGCAGGUUUGAAUGUUAUGAAUUCAAUAGCUUGUUAUAAUGACCCUCCAGCUUGUUUAUCAUAUUCAGGUGGUGUUUGCUUGAUGGUAUCUUUCUCUAAUCCUCAAUCAGUGGGUUAGAGGUAAAAUGGGUAAUGCGCCCAGCUAAAUACUAUUUAUAGGGAUUUAAGUUCUUGUUACUAGAGUAUUUGUCUAACUUAGUUUGGAAAUGUUUAAAAUUAACUUUGUGUUCCUUUUUAUGGUUCUUCAUAUCUUUUCAUGACCUUUUACUGCAAUAAUGUUUCACAAAAAGCUUAAUAUUGCUAAGAUCCUACUGGCUAAAUUUGCUAUGAUCCAAAUUCUUAAUAGUGCUAUUAAACAACUUCUUUUGGAGGAAACGGUCUUGCAUGUUAACAAAAUGGUACAUGCUAAACUCUUACAAAUUAUUUAUUUAUAGGUAGAGCUUAAUCUAAUUAUUAAUGCCUUCAGAAUUAUUAAUAACCAACUAACCCUUUAGAUAUUUGCUUUUAAGACCCAUAAAAUGUAUGCAAAGUUAUUUCCUCAGUUUAAUUUUGCGUGAUAUAUCCAUAGAGUAGCUAAUAUUUAGGGUUUGUUUCUGAAAAUGGUAGUUGUGCUGUAUUGAAUUAAGUUACGUUAUACAAAGGUUACAUUGCUGAUCUUAUAAAUUUAAGAAGCAAUUAUUGCUAAGAUUCUGAUGGAUACAUUAGAUAAUUAGAUUAUUCUUUGAAUAUUGGAGUAGACUCAUACAAAUAUUAAUGCUUACAGUAAGAUUAAGUAUCACAAGGAACCAUCAUUCAAUGUUAAGUUGGGUUUUGCAUAAAGUGGAAUACCUGCUAAAUAUAUAAUUCUAUAUUUAUUGGAAAGAAUGCAUGGCAUCAGUGUUUGUAAGAAGGUUAAACUAUUAGCAUAGAGUGUAAUUUUAAUGACAAUAAUGUAUGCCAUGAUACUGUAGCAUAAUCAUGUAAUCAUUUAAGUGAUGUUAUACCAAACAGAUAAGGUAAAGUUUCUGAUGGUUCAUGUGCAUCAGGUGGUUUAUUUUAUCCAAAAAUAAUAAAAUGCUCAUAAAAUUUCUGCAUCCAGAAGCAAAACUCGAAUCCAAAUUCAUAAGAAGGUUGCUUUUCAUUUGAUUUGAAUUCAAAUAGAGUAGGAGUAGAUGCUAAUGGAUAUUGCAUACAGAUGGAUUAGAAUAACGCUGUUAGAUGCAUGAAAGGAUAAGUUUGUUUAGACCAAUAAAAUGGCAAUUCUUGCUGCACAGCUUUAGUGAUGUCAAAAACUUUAAAUAAAUAUGCAAGAUAACAAACUACUAGUUACUGCUUGCCAUAUUUAGAUCCUAAUGGUUAAGGAGAUUAAAUAGAAACUUGUGUGUUGGGUACUUGCUUAUAUUAAGACCUUGGUAGUAAUUAAGAUUAUUGUGUCACUCAAGGAACAAUUUCAAAAGGAAAUUUAAUUGUUGGAGUAGAUGUUUAAUAGCUCUGUGUAUCUUAAGAUUAAAUAACUUCAAAUACUAUCCUUACUUGCUAUGGAUUGAAUUAUUGCAUUUUGUAAGUCGAUAUUGGGUAACAAAAAUGUGAGUAACUUUAAGAUUUUGAUCCUAAUUAUCCUAACAUGGUUUAUAGAGCUAAAAAUUCUAACCAAUAAUGCUAAGAUUUAAAUACACCAAAUAGCAUAGGCUGCAUGGAUGGUUUAUACUGUUUGAAUACUUAAAAUAACAACCAGUGUUAAGUUAUGAGUGACCCUUCUUAAUUAAAUAUGAUAGGAAGAGAUUUAACUACAUAAAAAUGUAUUCCUUAAAACUAACCUAUAGCAAGUAAAUGUUAAUAGGAUUUUUGCAUUUAUUAAGGAAUGUGUGUUCCUUUAUCUAACUAUUAUCCUGGCAAAGAAAAUAAGACUCAUUUGUGUUUACAGUAGUCAAGUGUAGGUUAAUAUGGUGCAUCUAACUGCUUUAAAGAUAGAUAUUGUAUGGAAGAAAAUUCUGAUGGCUUGUUUUCGUGCAAUAAACUGGAUUUUAGUAAUCCAGACAGAGUAGGAAUUGAAAAAGAUACUUUGAAAUGUAUUAAAUAAGACUAACCAAUAGCUGUUAUGUGUGCCAUAGAAAAAUAUUGCCUAAAUAUUAAAACUCAUACUUGUUAAUUUAUAGACUUAAAUUAAGGUAUGUGUGUAGAUAUCAAUGGAGUAUGUGCUCUUAAUGGCUCUUGUAAAACUUGUGAUAUAGAUUAAUGUUUAUCCCCUGAUUCAUCAAAUACAUGCCUGAACCUUGUUUAACCUUCAGUAACAUACUGCAUAGAUUAAAAUGGUGUCUGUGCACCUCUGAACAACUAAAAAUGUGUCUUUUGCCCUGAUGGCUACUGCAAUAUAUACAAUAAUGGAAACUGUGUGAAUGGUACUUAACUACUGGAUUUGUUAGUCGGGAAUUCUUGUUUUACUUAACUAAAGAACUAAAAUAAUAAGUGCAUACAAUAGAGUGUAGAUAAUCUUGAUAGUGAUGGCAAUAUGUUGUGCUUAAAUUCCUCAGGAAUGUGUUCACAAUUAUCUUAAAAUAGUAAUAAAUGCUUAUUGUGCCCAAAAUAUUAUGUUAAUCCUGGUGAUGAUAAAUGCUAUAGUUUAGAUGAAAUAUCAGCUCUUUAGCCUAUUAACCCGUAAUAACUAUAUUUUAAUAUGUAGUUGACUUAUGUAAAGCUAGAUUGCUAUGACAAUUAAUUUUGCUUAAAAGACAUUACUAAAAAAUGUCCAAUUGGAUGUUUUUCUUGCUCAACAGAAACAUUUUGUACAUAAUGUAUUUAAGGUUACUUUUUAUACCAAAUAUCUUCAAAAUAAUAAAGUUGUGUUAAGUGCAAUACUGAUAUUUAUUAAUAUACAUAAGUAUAGUAGUACUAUAAAAAUAUUCCAACAUAUUCUUGCUUAGAUUGCUCUUCGGAGUAUGGAUUAUGGAAUGAAACAAAAAAUAAUUACAAAACCUGUUAGAAUUAUAUUGUUUAUUACGAUUAGAAUACUUAAAUAGUGGCAAGUCCAUUAAAAACUUCUAAUUUUUAAGUCUAAUUAGUUUCUGAUUCAUAUAAACUAAUAUCUUACUAGCCUAACUCAUGCACAAAUCAAUGCUCUUCAUGCAUUUAGAGCUCUUAAAAUACUGUAAUUUGUACUCAAUGUAAUAUAGGUUAUGUUUUAUACAAUGGAUUAUGCUAAAUAUGUCCUAACAACUGUUAAUAUUGCUAGUAUGCAACAUUUAUUACUGGCUACGCUUAACUUAUUACUGAGAUAAAUUAUGAAUAAAAUCUAUCUUAAUAUUAUAAUUUUAUUUUGAUCUGCUUAUAAUGCCAAUAGAAAUAUGUGGUAUCCUAUGAUUUGUAAAAAUGCUAAUAGUGUGGAAAUUAUUGUCUUAGUUGCUAAUAUGAAAAUGAAAACUCUGUUCUCAAUUUGAAAAAAUCAAAUUUAAGGAUAUUAGAUUUUAAUGAUUUUAGUUAAAUGAAAUACAUUUAAAAAUGUACUAGAUGCCUUAAUGGAUACUUUUUAUCAUAUGAUGGUAAAACGUGCGUAUAAAACAUGUAAAACUGCGAUUAUAGUAGUUAAAAAGUAGUUUAUGGAUCAUAGCAGUAUGAUUUAACAGAAUAAUUAUGGACUUAUACAAAUACUAAUGUAUUUAAUUAUAGUACCAAGAUAUGCAAAUAAUGUAGUAAAAACUAUAUAGCAUCAGUAGAUUUAACUUCUUGUAUGAUAGGAUGUGUUGCAAAUAGUUCAUAGUAAAAAUGUACUAGCUGCAUAACUAAUUCUUCUUAUAAUGUUAUUUGUAAUUUUUGUAGUAAAGGUUCAGUUUUAGAUAAAUCAAACAAUCAAGCUAAAUGCUAAGAUAGUAUUUGCUAAUAAAAUAUUAGUGGAUGUGCUGAAUGCUAUUCAUAUUUAGAUACUCUAUCAAAUAUGAGUAUAUAUUAAUGCACUUCAUGUUAAGAUACAUAUAGUAUUCCUUCCAUUAACGGAUGUCUAAAGUGUCCUGAUGGAUGCUCUAAAUGCUAUGAAGGAACAAGAACUUUUAAUUACACCUCUAUACUUGUUUUCAAUAGACCUUUUCUAAAUAUAUAAGAUAGAUUAAACUAUAACACAACAUCUACAAAUUAUUAACUGAUUUGUACAGAAUGUUAAUAAGGUUACUAAUUUGAUCAAUAAUUAAAAUUAUGUGUAAAACUCAACUGUGGAAAAUAUUGUCUUUAGUGCGCUUUAAUUAAUAACUAGCCUCAAUGUAUUCAGUGCAACUAUGAUUUGUUAGCUUCUUUAAUUAAAAAUCAAUUAUACUUUAUUGGAACUUUCUACUAUUAAAGUAUAUAGGAUUUUAACGUAAAGAGUAUGGUAUCUCUUACUUCUACUGGAAAUGAUUGUCAACUUUGCCCAUUAAUGUGUGAAACUUGUGUAAAUAAUGAAGAUUUAUCAUUUAAUCCUUUUUACAUGUAUAAUGCUUAAUGCCUUUCAUGCAAAAGCACCUUACCUUCAAGUAAAAUACUUAAAAAUUAUAGAAUAACUUUUGAUAAAGAGAGAAGAAAAUGCUUCUUAUGCGAGAAUGGUGAGUAAGGGUGCUUUUUUAAAAAAUAACAAACUAUUUAUAUCUAAUGUUUAGACAUAAAUAGUAGAAAAGGUGAUGGAUCUUUUUCAAAUCCUAUUAACUUUAAUAGAUUAAACGAAAUAGAGAUAGAUCAAAUCAUUUUAAAUGAAAUAGACUAUGAUCAGGCAAUUGUUAUCUACAAUGAACUUUAAGUGAAAUAAUUGGAAGUACAAUUAAUAUUUUUAGGAGAUUUUUGUGUAGAGCAAAGGCCUUAGAAUUUUACUACUAAAUUAAAAGAAUAAAUAAGAUCUCUUGAAACAACUGCUUUGAAAAUAACUUGUUAAACAUCUGUCCCAGGAAAAUUGAUGAAAUUUUAAUAAAAUAAUAUUUUUGAUAUAUCUGGAUUCAAUUAAGUAUAAAUAAAUAAUAUUUAAUUUGUGUAGUAAUUAACUAAUAGCUAACUAGGUUUAAUCGUGGAUGACAUUAAUCUAAACUUAUUUACAUUGACAAACUGUUAGUUUUCUCAGCUACUUUCCUUAUAAAAUUCUCUUUUACUUAAAUAAUAUCUAACACUACAGCUUUCAACUUUAAAUCAAGCAAAUUUAGUCUUAGAACAAGUCUAGUUUGAAAAUAUAUAUAUUGAAGCCAAGUAAUAACUUAUUUAAACUAAAUCCAUUAACAACAAAGAUUCUUCCUUAAAUGUAACCUUUAGCUUAGUAACUUUCACUGAUGUUUAUUUAGAUUAAUCAUCAUUAAUUUAAUUAAAUAUUAUUGCAAUUUAAUUGAACAUUCAGAAUUUAACAUUUUUGCUUUCAAAAUUUGAUAACAAAGCUAUUGCUUUUGACAUUUAGCCAAAUUAUAUUACAACGUAGCAAGUAAAUAUCUUUAUAAGUAACAUGACUAUUCAAUAGACUUAAAUAUUUAAAGGAUCUUAAAUAAUAAACUCAAAUUUUUUGAAUUCAAUGACUAUAAAUAAUUUCACCUUGAUUUAAAAUACUCUUUCUUAAAUGUAAAGUUAAGUUACUCCUCUUCUCAUCUCUAACACUUUCAAUUUAAGCGGAUUAAAUAUAAUAAAAAAUACAAUUAAAAAUUAUUUUUUCUUUGAAUAAUAAGAUAGUCUAUUAAAAUCUAUGAAUUUUAUAUAAUACUCAAUUUUUGAAGGAAUAACCAUUUUAGAGAAUUAAUUUAGUUCUAAUAACUAUGUAUUCUUCCAUUUUAAAACAUAAGUAAAUAGCAAUACCUAAAUAAGGAGUAUGAAGCUUUUAAAAAAUAAAUUCUAAGCAGAUUAGACUCCGAUUGCUAUUUAUCUUGAAAGUAUAAACACAAUUUAAAUAUCUGAUGUUUUAAUGCAAGAUAAUUUAUCAUUUUUGCUGUUGUUAGUUGAGAGUGCUGUAAAUGUUCUAAUUUCUAAGAUAGUAUUAACUUAAACAUAAAAUGAGCUUAUUACUCCUUAGAUAUGUCAACUGAAUUAAAUAAUAAAUUACAUAAAUAUUGAUAACAUCUAAUAAUAGAACAUAAACAUAUUUAAAAGCAUAAUUAAAAUCGAAACUAGCUAAACUUGCAUAAAUAAUAAUUAAUUUCUUUAUAAUAAUAAAUAUCCACAAGGGAUAUUUUUAAAUUAAAUAUAGAGUCAUAGUGUAAAUCUUUUGUAUUCAUAAAAUACUCAAAACACUUCUCCUAUCUCCAUUUUUUCUAAAUAAUAAAUAAAUGUCCAGAUUUCAAAUUUGAAUUUCUCUGAUUUUACUGCUAUUAUCCAAACAAAUCAAAAACUACUAGGACAAAUAUCUUUAGGCUUUUAUUUUUAAGCACCAACAAUUAGAGCUAUUUUUUCAAAAUCUAACUUCACAAAUUUAGGAUCAAAUAACCCUUUUAAUUGGAUUUAGGGAUAGGUUAAAUAAAUGGAAUUUUAUAAUUGUUUAUUUGACAAUUAAAUCAGUUUGAGUUAAUAAAAUUAUUAAAAUUUGAAGAUUUAAAAAAAUGGAGGUUUUAUUACACUUUAAAGUGAGUAUUUGAUGGUAAAAAAUUCAAUUUUCAGUAAUGGUAUGGCCUCAAGUGGUGGAUCAAUAUAUUGGACAUCAUAAAACUAAGCACAACUAUAUAUUUAGAAUACUACAUUUAGCAAUAAUAUUGCAUAUUGCAGUGAUGAUUUAGAAUCAUAAGGUGGAGCAAUUUAUAUAGAUGGAUAGCUAUCAUUUAAUUUAAAUAUUCUUAUACUUUAAUCUUUAUUUAAAUCUAAUAUUGCUUCUUAUAAAGGUGCAGCUAUUUAAGUAAAAACCACAGUGAUGCCAAGGAGUGUCGUAUAAAUUGAGGCAGUUAUUUUUGAUAAUAACUAUUCACUUUAAGGAAGUAAUCUCAAUAUAGAUAGUUAACUAAUUGGAAAAACUGUAGUCAUAAUGAAGAACGUCACAGUUUACAGCCAAAUUGAAAUAAUAGCUAACUAAUUCCAAAGCUUAUUUCCAAUUAUAUCAAGUUCAGUCCAAGGUUUAAUUCAAAACUCUAUAAAAGCUUUAUUUGUGUUUUAAAGCUCUUAUGAAAUUUCAAUUGAAAACUCUAAAUUUAGAAUCUAUUGCAUUGAUAUUACUCAAAUAAAUUAAAAAUUAAUCAAUGACUAAAUAUUUUAGAAAAUAAUAUUUGUUCAAAAUACAUAAUCCUAUUAAGAAUUCAACAAUACUUAUUAUUAAAGUGUUUUUUUGAAUAAUCUUAUUUAUAUCGCUCAAGCAACAAGAAUGAGUAUUAUUAGCAAUAUAAUUAUGAAUAAUAAAAAUAUCAAUAAUAUUAUCAAUAUAGCAAGCUAAAAAAGCCAAGAAUAAAGUUUGGCCUAUUACAAUAGCUAAAUCUGUUCUAUUAAUUUUUUAAAUGUAAAUAAUAAUAUUUGUAAUUCUUGCACAAAUGGAAUAAUUCAAAUAAAUUCUUAAAGUUUGUAAGUGCAACAUUCUGUUUUUGGGAAUAAUUUGGCUCAAUUUGGAGGUGGAUUGUACUUUCAGUAAAGCUAAAAUAUUAACUAGAUAAAUCAACUUCAAAAUUCUAUCAAAAACUCUAUUUUUAACAACAAUAAGGCUUUAAUAAGUGGAGGAUCAAUUUAUAUAGUUAAUUCUUCUAUUCUUAUAAAAGAAAGUAGUUUUUAGAAUAAUAUUGCUUAAUAAUCUGGAGGAGCUAUAUAUCUUUAAAAUGAUGAUAUCAUGUUAAACUAGUUACUUCUCUAAAAAAACUACUUUGUAGAAAAUUAUUCCUAGUAUGGAGGAGCUAUUGCUUCAAAGAAUGGCUAAAGCGUUAGUUAAAAUUAUAAUAACACUUUUAUUCAAAAUAAGGCAUAUUAAUAAGGAUAAAAUAUCCAAACUACUCCAAGUUCGUUCCAUGUGUAUAUAAAUAAAACUUUAUAAUAUUUUUAGGAUUCCUCUUUAAUUUAAAUUAAAAUUGAUAAUCACACUGGAGGCUACAUUUAGGAUGAUAUUGUCUUGAAAUUCUACUCUGGACUUAAUGAAGAAAUAAUUAAAAUUCCUGAGGAUGUUACACUGAAUGUAAAAAUAAUAAAAGGAGAAGGUUAUAUUAAAAGCAAUAAAAUAUAAUAACAAAAUGGAGUUUUUAUCCUAAAUAAAUAAAUUUAAGUUUAUGGCAUAAUGGGUUAAUAGCUAGUUCUAUCAAUAACAAGUGAUUUGAUUUAAAUUCCAAAAUAUAAUAGUUCUAAUUUUUUGGUUGGCUACGAUAAAAAUUAUUAACUUCUUCUCAACGUUUAAAUCGCUCAGGACUGCCCUAUAGGUUAAGUAAAAAGAUACAUAUAAGAUAAAUUUAACUUUUGCGUCUCCUGCAUCGAUACCUACAGUUUUACUUAUUCAGAUACCUGCUUUAAAUGUCCUAAUACUGAAGUAAAAUGUAUGGGAAAUUAGAUUUUUUUAACUUCCAAUUAUUGGAGAGUUAGUCAGCGAUCAUCAGAGAUUUAUAAUUGUUAGAAUUGCCUAGGCGAUUAUUAAUUAAAUCAACAAGAGAUAUAAAUUUAGAAGCAAAGGUUGAUAGUUAACGAUUUAAACUACUAUUGUUAAAUGGGGUAUGUUGGCGCUCUUUGUGAAGACUGUGAUAUCACCGGUAAAUACUGGGGAAAUUCGUAUUAUAUGAGCAUUUAUAAAAAGUGUUAAAAAUGCUCAGAAAUAUAGGCUUCAGAUUUACUGUAUCCAUUUUGUUUUACUUUAGCAGCUAUUGUCAUUCUAAUUUGUAUUACUCACAAGUACCGAAGAUAAAUUGAGAAUAAUUUACUGUAUAGAGCAUGUUAAAUUAUGUUUUAGAAAUAAGUUUUUUAUUUCAGAUAAAACCCUACAAACACAGUUAAACUUCUCUUUUUUUAAUUAUUUGUAAUUGGGAUUGCGCUUUAUUAUGACAAUAAUACUCCAAAAAUAUUAUCUUCUGUUCUUGUCGAUAUAGGAAAUUUAUUUACAUCUUAGAUUAGAAUAUCAGAUUGUUUAUUGGCUAAAUUAUUUCAAACAAAUUUUCUGAUAAAGAAUUUUAUAUUUUAUUUUUCAGCUUGGAUCUUUGUUUUCUUAUGCUUUAUUGUAGCUUGCUUUUUUAAAAAAAUUUGUUUUAAAUAAAGAUUUUGGAUUUCAGAACUUUUUCUAGGUUUGUGGAUUUUAGUUUACAAUUCCCAAAAUGCGAUGUUGACCAAAAUAUUGAGGCUGUUUAAAUGCUAAACAUUUGAUAACUAAUCUUUUGUAACUGAUUACUUAUCUUUUUAUUGUGAUGAAUUCCAACUUAAAAUCCUUUAUUAUGUGCAUGCUCCUGCUUAUUUUAUUACUUUAUUGAUUCCUUUAGGGUUUCUGAUUUUUAAACUUAACUAAAUGCGCUUAUGUUUGAAUGGUUUCGAAAAUAAAGUCGUUUAUGAAUAUUUUACCAAAGAAUAUAAAGAGAAAUUUUUUUUUUGGGAUAUUGUAAAACUAAUAUAUAAAAUUAUAUUAGGAAUUAUAUAAGCUUUUUCAUACUAAAUUACAUCACUCUAGCCAGUCUUAUCAAUUGUAGCUACUCUUGCAUAUAGCUUUCUCCUUUUCUUAUGUAAACCGUAUGAAAAGGAGAAACUGAAUUAAAUAGAAAUUAAUAUUCAAUAUUCGACUGCGAUAUUAUUUUGUUUGGUAAAUAUUGAUUUAGGUGAUAACUAAAUUAUUUAUUAUACUUUUUAUGGAGUUAAAAGUACAAUUAUAUCAUGUAUUUUAUAUCAAAUUUUAAUAAAAAGCAAUACAAAUAUGAAAUAUUAUUACAUAAACUUCAUAGAAAAAGUCUAAAAGAGCUCUAAAAUAAUAUCUUUAGUAAUUAACAAGCUCAGAUUAAACUAACCUUUAAUAAAAUACCAAAAAUGCAAAUAAAAUUGGUAUAAAAUAAAAUUAAUAAUAUUUGCUAAAAGAGAUGCCUUAGAGUAUUUAUUUAUUAAAUUAAAUGAAAAUCAAGAUUAAAAGUUAAUUAUGUAAGCUUAUCUCUAAUAAAAUUUUGUCAAAUCGAAAAAAACUAUUAACAUAAAAACAACAAAAUUGUCAAGCUUGACUGAAAUUAAAAGUUUUACAUGA